AUGGUAUGUUAUAACAUGGACUUUGAAAGGCUUUUUGAUACCCAAAGACUUCAGCUGCCAACUUUCUGGGAGUUCAUUGCUUAUUGUGAUACUGAACCUUUCAUUUUUCUUCUUAAAGUGGUCUUGGGCUUCUGUGUAUCCUUUAACGUGGAUGUGAAAAAUGCAAUGACCUUCAGUGGCCCAGUGGAGGACAUGUUUGGAUACACAGUUCAACAAUAUGAAAAUGAGGAAGGCAAAUGGGUGCUCAUUGGUUCUCCUUUAGUUGGCCAACCCAAGAACAGAACUGGAGAUGUUUAUAAGUGUCCAGUAGGGCGAGGAGAAUCGUUGCCAUGCAUAAAAUUGGACCUCCCAGUUUAUACAUCAAUUCCGAAUGUCACAGAAGUAAAGGAGAACAUGACGUUUGGAUCUACUUUAGUCACUAACCCAAAAGGCGGAUUUCUGGCUUGUGGGCCUUUGUAUGCUUACAGAUGUGGACAUACAUAUUAUACAACUGGCAUUUGUUCGGAUGUUGAUUCCAAAUUUCAGGUUGUGAACUCCAUUGCCCCAUCUGUUCAAGGAUGCAAUACCCAACUGGACAUUGUCAUAGUGCUGGAUGGUUCUAACAGUAUUUACCCCUGGACAAGCGUUACAGAUUUUUUAAAUAGUUUACUUGGGAAAAUGGCCAUAGGUCCCAAGCAGACACAGGUCGGAAUUGUACAAUAUGGAGAAAAUGUAACACAUGAAUUUAAUCUCAAUAAGUACACAACAACUGAAGAAGUGCUCAUUGCAGCGAACCAAAUAGUCCAGAGGCAAGGGCGCCAAACAAUGACUGCUCUGGGAAUAGAUACAGCAAGAAAAGAGGCCUUCACUAAAGCCAGAGGUGCCCGAAGUGGAGUUAAGAAAGUAAUGGUGAUUGUGACUGAUGGGGAAUCCCACGACAACCAUCGGCUGAAUAAAGUCAUCCAGGACUGUGAAGAUGAAGAUAUUCAGAGAUUCUCCAUAGCUAUUCUUGGUCAUUAUAACCGAGGGAACUUGAGCACUGAGAAAUUUGUGGAAGAAAUAAAGUCAAUUGCCAGUGAGCCUACGGAAAAGCAUUUCUUCAAUGUCUCUGAUGAAUUGGCACUAGUCACUAUUGCUGAAGCCCUGGGAGAAAGAAUUUUUGCCUUGGAAGCCACAACUGACUUGUCAGCAGCAUCAUUUGAGAUGGAAAUGUCCCAGACUGGAUUUAGUGCUCAUUAUUCACAGGACUGGGUUAUGCUUGGAGCUGUUGGAGCCUAUGACUGGAAUGGAACAGUUGUCAUGCAGAAAGAUAACCAAAUUAUAACCCCACAAAAUAAUUCCUUUAAUGUUGAAUCUACAAAGAAAAAUGAACCACUUGCUUCCUAUUUAGGUUAUAUGGUCAACUCUGCCACUAUUCCUGGAGAUGUAAUUUACAUUGCUGGGCAGCCACGCUAUAAUCACACAGGCCAAGUCAUUACUUAUACAAUGGAAGGUCAAGAAAUCAAGAUCAUCCAAACUCUCAAUGGAGAACAAAUUGGUUCCUACUUUGGCAGUGUUUUAACAACAAUUGACAUUGAUAAGGACUCCUUCACUGACCUGCUUCUAGUUGGUGCUCCCAUGUAUAUGGGAACAGAGAAAGAAGAGCAAGGAAAAGUUUAUGUGUAUGCAUUGAAUCAGACAAGGUUUGAAUAUCAGAUGAGCCUGGAACCCAUUAAGCAAACUUGCUGCUCAUCCCUGAAGCAUGAUUCCUGCAAGAAGAAAAACAAAAAUGAGCCUUGUGGGGCUCGUUUUGGAACAGCUAUCGCUUCUGUGAAGGACCUCAACCUUGACGGAUUUAAUGAUGUAGUGAUUGGUGCUCCCUUAGAGGAUGAUCAUGGAGGGGCUGUGUACAUUUAUCAUGGAAGUGGCAAGACCAUAAGGAAAGAAUAUGCACAAAGGAUUCCAUCAGGUGGAGAUGGAGAGACACUGAAAUUUUUUGGCCAGUCUAUACAUGGAGAAAUGGAUUUGAAUGGAGAUGGACUGACUGAUGUGACCAUCGGAGGCCUUGGUGGUGCUGCCCUCUUCUGGUCUCGCGAUGUGGCUGAAGUUAAAGUUACCAUGACUUUUGCACCCAAUAAAGUGAAUAUUCAAAAGAAAAAUUGCAAGAUGGAGGGGAAGGAAACCGUGUGCAUAAACGCUACCAUGUGUUUUGAUGUGAAACUAAAGUCAAAAGAAGACACAAUUUAUGAAGCUGAUCUGCAAUAUCGAGUUACAUUAGACUCAGCAAGACAGAUAUCACGAAGUUUCUUCUCUGGAACACAAGAAAGAAAGAUUCAAAGAAAUAUCACAGUCCGUGGAUCAGAAUGUACUAAACAUUACUUCUACAUGUUGGACAAGCAUGACUUUCGGGAUUCAGUGAAGGUAUCACUGGAUUUUAAUCUUUCAGAUCCAGAAAAUGGGCCUGUUCUUGAUGGUGACCUGCCUAACUCAGUACAUGAAUAUAUUCCCUUUGCCAAAGAUUGUGGAAACAAGGAAAAAUGCAUCUCAGAUUUGGUCCUGUCUGUAUCAACCACUGGAAAAGACUUACUCAUUGUUAAGUCCCACAGUGAUAAGUUCAAUGUGAGCUUGACCAUAAUGAAUAAAAAGGACAGUGCCUACAACACCAGAGCCAUUGUCCAGGCCUCACCAAAUGUCAUAUUUUCAGGAAUUGAGGGUAUUCAAAAAGACAGCUGUGAAUCCAAUCAGAAUAUCACAUGUAAAGUUGGCUAUCCUUUCCUGAAAAGAGGAGAAAAGAUAUCUUUCAAAAUACUAUUUCAGUUCAAUACAUCCUAUCUUAUGGAGAAUGUGACUAUUCACAUAAGUGUAACAAGUGACAGUGAAGAACCUCUAGAGGCCCUUUUGGACAAUGAAGAAGAUAUUUCCAUUCCAGUAAAAUAUGAAACCGGACUCCAGUUUUCCAGUUCUGCAAGUGAAUAUCAUAUUUCAAUUGCGGCCAAUGAUACAGUCCCUGACGCUAUUAACUCAACCAGUGACAUUGGAAAUGAAAUCAACGUUUUCUACUUGAUCCGAAAAAGUGGCCAUAUUCCUAUGCCAGAGCUUUCCCUGAAAAUUUCAUUCCCCAACUUAACAGCAAAUGAAUAUCCUGUACUCUACCUAACUGGAUGGUCAUCUUCUGAUAAUGUAAACUGCAGACCAAGGAGCCUUCAAGAUCCCUUCAAUAUCAACUUUGGAAAGAAAAUGAUACCAAAAUCUGGGGAACUCAAGAGAGGCACCAUUUUGGACUGUGACACCUGCAAAUAUGCAACUAUUAAGUGUAAUGUGAUCCCUUCUGAUGUAAGUCAAGUAAAUGUCACAUUCAUCUUGUGGAAGGCAACAUUCAUAAAAGCAAGUUUUUCCAGUUUAAAUCUCACUAUAAAGGCAGAACUUCAAAGUGAAAACUCAUCACUGGUGUUAAGUAGUGGUAAUCAGAAAAGAGAGCUGGCCAUUCAGAUAUCAAAAGAUCUUCUACCAGGCAGAGUACCAUUAUGGGUGAUCCUUUUGAGUGCUUUUGCAGGAUUCUUGCUUUUGAUGCUUCUUAUAUUAGCACUAUGGAAGAUUGGAUUCUUCAAAAGGCCACUAAAAAAGAAGAUGGAGAAAUGAAACACCAUACAAGAGAGAAAAAUAGCAAGUGUUCAAUGAUCUGUCCUCCAGUUUGCUUCAAAUUUGUGACCAAAAAAGUUUAAAUAUAAUUAUCACCUACAUGGUCACAUACUUUUGUUCCAUCAAGGAAUUAAUCACCCAGAAAAAAAAGAAAACAGAUCAAGAAUGAUCCCAAAAGACAACUAUAAAUUUAUAUUUGUAAAAUAUCGGGAAAUAUUUUAAAAUAAUUACUCAUUUUUGCUGAGUAAUUGAAUUUAAGAUUACUAAGUGUUUUGAAUAGAAAGGACAACCUAUUCAAAUAUGCUUAUAUAUUAAAUUACUGUACUAAGUUUUGCAGAAUGAAGAAAAAGAUGUCAGGCUCGUGGAAAACAUUUUUUUUCCUCUAGAAAAAUACAAGUUAGACUUUCUUUCUCUGACCUCAGUGGAAAUCUAGAUUUUCAGACUUUGAAAAUGCAUGUACAUGCCAGGAAAGGACUCACUUACUAGGGUCACUUCCCAUCAUGCACAACUGAGCUCAAGGGAGGGAAUGUUCUGUAACAUGGACUCAUGAUACAAAGGAGAAAAAAAAAUAGAAUGAAGCAGGGUCAUACAGCAGGUAGCCUUUGGGUCAAUUUCUGUACAUGGAAAAAUUCAUUUCCCAGGGUGUCUAGAAAGCAAGGUCUAUCCAGCUGAAAUUCUAUCCCAAGUUGAGAAUGAAGAUAAAAGCACUACUGCUUAGCAAACAAGCACACUGAAUGGCUGGCUUUAUCAGCUUUUACAAAGCAUGUGAAACUUGGAUUUUUGAGCUUUAAGAAUCAAUGUAAAACUUCAUGGUAGUGAACAAAGCACUUAAAACAAUUUUAAUUUUAUGUGUACUUUUAAAAAUGUGAUGUGAUUUAUCCCCAAAGAAUGCAGUGUGAAGGAUAUGCUGAAAUGAGUUCUGAAAAUGGAAUGUGGUUGGCAAAUUACUAUGAAGUGCUUAUUGCACCUUUGUGAACGGUUUUGAGUUUUGUUAUUGUUCAGUUGUGUCUGACUCUUUAU